AUGGUCCCUAUACAGCCCCCAUGGUUCCCUUAUACAGCCCCCAUGGUUCCUUAUACAGCCCCCAUCGUCCUUAUACAGCCCCAUGGUCCCUUAUACAGCCCCAUGGUCUUAUACAGCCCCUAUGGUCCCUUAUACACCCCCCAUGGUCCCUUAUACAGCCCCCAUGGUCCCUAUACAGCCCCCAUGGUCUUACGCAGCCCCAUGGUCCCUUAUACAGCCCCCAUGGUCCCUUAUACAGCCCCCAUGGUCCCUUACGCCCCAUGGUCCUUAUACAGCCCCCAUGGUCUCCUUAUACAGCCCCCAUGGUCCUUAUACAGCCCCCAUGGUCCCUUAUACAGCUCCAUGGUCCUCUAUACAGCCCCCAUGGUCCCUUAUACAGCCCCCAUGGUCCCUACAGCUCCAUGGUUCCCUUAUACAGCCCCCAUGGUCCCUUAUACAGCCCCCAUGGUCCCUAUACAGCCCCCAUGGUUCCUUAUAGCCCCCAUCGUCCCUUAUACAGCCCCCCAUGAUCCCUAUACAGCCCCCAUGGUCCCUUAUACAGCCCCCUGGUCCCUUAUAACCCCACAUCCUUAUACAGCCCCCAUGGUUCAUUAUACAGCCCCCAUGGUCCUUAUACAGCCCCCAUGGUUCUUAUACACCCCCAUGGUCCUUAUACAGCCCCCAUGGUCCUUAUACAGCCCCCAUGGUCCCUAUACAGCCCCCAUGGUUCCUUAUACAGCCCCAUGGCCCUUACACAGCCCAAUGGGCCCUUAUACAGCCCCCAUGGUCCUUACACAGCCCCAUGGGUCUUAUACAGCCCCCAUGGUUCCUUAUACAGCCCCAUGGUCCUUACACAGCCCCAUGGUCCUUAUACAGCCCCCAUGGUCUCCUUACACAGCCCCAUGGUCCUUAUACAGCCCCCAUGGUCCCUUAUACAGCCCCCGUGGUCCCUUAUACAGCCCCCAUGGUCCAUUAUACAGCUCCCCAUGGUCCCUUAUACAGCCCCCAUGGUCCCUACACAGCCCCAUGGUCCACACAGCCCCUAUGGUCCCCCCUCCCCUGAGUCUUUCCAGGCCCGGCCAGGCCCCAGGUCUCAGGUCCAGCAGUGUCCAGGUCCCCGUCAGGUCCCAGGGCAACGCCAGGUCCCCAGGUUCAUUUGUAAGCAAGGCCUUCUCCAUCCCACAGGUCGGCCAGGUCCCCCAGCGUCCCCAGCCCAUCAGGUUACCCACGAUCCUGGCCAGGUUUCCCACUGUCUUAGUGAAGGUUGCCAUGCUGUUCGCCUCACAGGGACCAGCUCCACCUGUCAGUCGACCACCCACAGCGUCGUUCCUCAGAGACAUGGGUCAUCUCUUCUUCCUCUUGCUCGUCAACAGCGUCCUGCAGGAUACUCCCCAUUGA